AUGGCCGGAGUGUGCGUACCGUUGGGUUUCUCACGAAGCUGUUUGUCAUACCAACACGGCGAAGCUUGUCGCCUUCUUUUCCCAAUCCGCCGGCGUCGUCCGGUUUUCUCCACCGUCGUCUCCCUCGCUCUUCCGGAGUCCUCGUCUAUGAUCGUCGACGAUAAUCUCGGCGCAUUUCUCGAGAUUCUUCCCCGAGAUCUGCGUCACCGUCUCCUUAACGAUUCCCGAAGAAACCAGCUCGUAGAGGUGAUUAUGGAUUUGGGAAGACCACCUGAAGCACGUUAUCUCGGAGAACCUGGAGGCCAAUAUCUUAGGAACAUCGAGGUAUCCAUGGAAGAGUUAGAGGAUGCUCAAGAGCUUGUAGGUGAAUUCGGAGCUGAUAACAGAGCUGGAAUUGAAGGUACAUUGCACAGGAUAUCUGCAAUUCGCAACCGAAAAGGCUUCGUUGUAGGUCUGACUUGCCGUGUUGGGAGAGCUGUGAGUGGUCACAUUGACAUGCUCUAUGAUCUUCUUCACUAUGGCAAAAGCAUCUUGUUCGUUGGACGGCCUGGUGUUGGCAAGACGACUGUUUUGCGAGAGAUGGCUCGUGUCUUAUCUGAUGAAUUCCAGAAAAGAGUGGUGAUAAUUGAUACAAGCAAUGAGAUUGGAGGAGAUGGUGACAUUCCACACUCGGCUAUCGGAGGUGCGCGUAGGAUGCAAGUGCCGAAGCCGUCUCUGCAGCAUAAAGUGAUGAUUGAGGCAGUAGAGAACCAUAUGCCUCAAGUGAUCAUUGUUGAUGAGAUCGGCACGGAAGCUGAAGCGCUUGCCUGCCGCACGAUUGCUGAAAGGGGAGUGAUGCUGAUUGGCACUGCUCAUGGAGAGCAGCUACAGAACAUUAUCAAGAAUCCUACUCUUUCAGACUUGAUUGGGGGAAUUGAGACGGUGACUCUCGGAGAUGAGGAAGCGAGGGCGAGAAGGAGCCAGAAGAGCAUUCUUGAGAGGAAAGCUCCACCGACUUUUUAUUUCUUGAUAGAGAUGCGAGAGAGAGAUUAUUGGAUUGCUCAUCAGACUGAGAAGAGUGUUGAUAUGUUGCUUCGCGGAAGGAACCCUAUGGUUGAGGUAAGGAGAAGAGAUGAUGAGUUUAAAGUAGUGAUAGAAAGAUGGAAGUCAUAUGAAGGACAAGGCAUCUGA